UUAGUUAGUAUCUGACCACAAAGAGAUUGACACUCUGUAAAACGUGACAAAGUACAUUUUCUUCUUUUCUCUAUUUUAAAGGUCUUUGUGAAGGUUUCAAAUUUUCAUGGUUCUCCGAGCAGCGAGUGAUUCAGCGUUUGUAUGUUGAUCUUCGGCUACCAGAAACCGGAACUGGAAAGCCUCGAAUGCAGAUACCAUCUUCAGACAUAAAAGGUUCAGUCGAAAUUUAUCUGGACUUGGAAAAAUGUUGUGGCUUUCUGAAUUUUGGUUCCUGGCUCUGUGUCUUCAAAUCGUUCUUAGUAGACCAUCGGAAGAACCAAUAAAAUUUAAUCUGUAUGGGCCCGAUGAAUAUGUCGAAAGGUUCGUAGCACCACAAAAAGAAAUUGCGACUACCAAAUUCCAGCGAGGAAAGGAGAUGUUAGGCUAUAUAGCGGACAAAAUAAGAUUUGGAAGAGGGCGUUUAGUCAAUGCAUUCAUGUUAGCUACCAACAUCGUUCGGGAGACAGGAGAGGAUUGGUUAUCACAAAUAAAGGAUGCAGCGAGAAUUAAAAGGGGAAGAUUAGUGAAUUCGGUCAUGUUGGCCAGAAACAAUCUUUUCCACGAAGCUGAGGAUAAUGUUAGUGAAUCACAAAAUAUUUUUCAAUCUGUGAAACCACCAAAACAUCAUCAAACUUUUCAAGCAAACACUCUGCAAUCCUACAUACAAAAUCCAUUUCCGGUUAUAAACUCUGCCAGAGGAAGGGAAAGCGCAAAACUAGAAUAUGAAAGUGCUCAGAGUUUUCUUGAAAAACCAAAAGAAAAUCCUCUCAGAGAAUUUUUGGAAAAAUUGUCACGACCGACUCCCAUUGUUGAUGGAAUUAGAGAAGAACAAAAAUAUGGAAACAAUGGAGAUAAAUUUAUAGGAAUUGGAAGAGCACUUGUGAAUGGCUUUGAGGGUCUAAGCAAUUUCGUAAAUGUUGUAAUUGAUUUGCCAAUGAAAGCAGCCAAACAGACAUCACGAGGACUCACAGAAGCACUGAAUCGUGUAGGAGCUCGAAUAGUAGGACUUCAAUAAAUUAUUAAAAAUAGACUAUUUUGUUUAUAUGUAA